UUCCCCCCGGCAACCGCGUCCGCUUCCACUUCCCUUCCUCCCCGCCUCGCGUUCCGCCUCGCUCCGCCUCCUCUCGGCGUCGCCCUGACCCGCCGUGGAAGAUGGCGCUGAGCGGCCAGGUUUCAGAAAGGAAGAAGAUGCACAGUAAUGCUGUUCUCUUGGAAUCUAAAUCCUCACCCAUCAACCUUCUAAAUGAAAUGCAGCAGCUGCGUCUCCUAGGACACCUUUGUGAUGUGACUGUCAGCGUGGAAUAUCAAGGGGUCAAGGCAGACUUUGUUGCUCAUAAAGCUGUCCUGGCAGCAACUAGCAAGUUUUUUAAAGAGGUGUUUCUCAGUGAAAAGUGCAUGGACGGACUAAGGACAAAUGUACUAUUGAACGAGGUCCAGGUAGCGGACUUUGCAUCUUUUCUUGAGUUUGUGUAUACUGCCAGGGUCGAGGUAGAAGAAGAUCGGGUUCAGCGCAUGCUGGAAAUAGCCGAGAAGCUUAAGUGCUUGGAUUUGUCGGAAACCUGCUUUCAGCUGAAGAAGCAGAUGCUCGAAUCGGUCUUGCUGGAGUUGCAGAAUUUUUCCGAGUCGCAGGAUGCGGCGGAGGACAGCGGUUCCCAGCCAGGCAACUUGCUUGAGCCGAGGGCAGUCGCUGAGACGCCGGGUGGCAACACAGACCGUGUUGCAAAUUCUCCUCUCGGCAGACCCGGGGACGGCGAGGGCCUCGAGGCUCCCGCUGCUAAAUUGAAGGAGAAGUUAGACAAGAAGAAAGAAGCCCUGAAGACGUCCUGCGCCAAGAUCAGGAGGGCCAGCGGAAGACUUGCUGGCAGGAAGGUGUUUGUGGAGAUCCCCAAGAAAAAGUACACGAGGCGCCUGAGAGAGCAGCAAAAGUACGCGGAGGCUGUGGCCGAGGAGAGCAGGCUCUCCGAAGACCACCGCAUCCAUAAGGAAGGGGAGGAGGAGAAGAAAGAAGAAGAGGAGGAGAAAGAACCAGUGGUGAGCAUUGUGAAAUCUGAAAGCAAAGGGUGCGAUGGUACCGACGACCUGGAGGAAAACUUGACCAAGUUGGAGGACGAUAAAAAGAACCGUGGCGGCAACUUCACCUGCAGCACCUGCGAGAGAGAGUUCCUGUACGAGAAGAGCUUUCUGAAGCACAUCAGGCACAGCCACGGCAUCGCAGCCGAAGUUAUUUACCGUUGCGAAACCUGCAGCCAGACUUUUGCCAACCGGUGCAACCUCAAAAGCCACGAGCGCCACGUCCACAGCAGCGAGCGCCACUUCCCUUGCGAGCUCUGUGGUAAGAAGUUCAAGAGGAAGAAGGACGUCAAGAGGCACAUUCUGCAGGUUCAUGAGGGUGGUGGGGAGCGUCAUCACUGCCUACAAUGUGGAAAGGGUUUGAGCUCCAAAACGGCCUUGAGGCUUCAUGAGAGGACACACACAGGCGACAAGCCUUAUGGGUGCACAGAGUGUGAGGCUAAGUUUUCUCAGCCUUCGGCACUUAAAACACACAUGAGAAUCCAUACUGGUGAAAAGCCUUUCGUGUGUAGCGAUUGUGGAGCAAAAUUCACGCAGAAUCACAUGCUUAUCUAUCAUAAAAGAUGCCACACAGGGGAACGACCUUUCAUGUGUGAAACGUGUGGGAAGAGCUUUGCCUCUAAGGAGUAUCUGAAACACCACAACCGAAUCCACACGGGAUCCAAGCCGUUUAAAUGCGAAGUUUGCUUCCGAACAUUUGCACAGAGGAAUUCACUGUAUCAGCACAUAAAAGUUCAUACAGGUGAGCGUCCCUACUGUUGUGAUCAGUGUGGCAAACAGUUCACCCAGCUCAAUGCCCUGCAACGCCAUCAUCGGAUUCACACAGGGGAGAAACCGUUCAUGUGCAACGCUUGCGGUCGGACAUUUACCGACAAAUCUACUCUUCGGCGGCACACCUCCAUUCAUGAUAAAAACACACCUUGGAAGUCUUUCCUUGUAGUUGUUGAAGGAGCUUCUAAGAACGACGAGGAUCAUAAAACAGAGGCAGACUAUAACGUGGCUCGUUCCAAAAUAUCCGAGAAGCUGCUGUCGUUCUCUGAAAAUGGGCACUAUCAGAGUCUGACGGCUAUCCAAGGAAAUGUGACCGCGCUGCAUGAAAAUGGAUCGUCUGCAGUAACAGACUGCAAAUCAAAGGGCGCUGCAGGGUCUCCAGAAACCGCCGUAGCUACACCUUUGCAUGAUCUCACCGUGUUGCACACCCAGACUGACUCAUUUCAGCCUCCACUUUACACCUUGGUGACUAUAGAAUAGCACUUGCUACAAAGAAGAAAACUCCAGCUGGGGAUAAUCUCUGAAAUACUGUACACAGUAUCCAUGAUCCAUGUAAA